CCCGACAAAAACAGAUUUGUGAACAACAAUAGCUACACAAUGGCGUUCCCUUCAGCUCUGCGUUUAGCCCGCCUGGGUUUUGCGCUGUGUGUGAUUGCCGUGAUCUGCGCGUCUUAUUUCGUGUCUUGUGAGAAGAUUGAAAAUGUCCCUGCCGGAACAGCUUCUCACUCUGAAACAGUUGGUUCUGAAGAGGGCAACCUUCUCGAAAACACGGUUGUUGCUCAGGAGGCAAGCAUUGCUACCACAACGAAGGAUGUAACAUAUGAGCCCCAAGGGACAACAGAAGUAGUUAAGGCAGAGAUUCCAGUGGAGAUCAACACUGAGGAAAACACUACUGAAGAUGCGGAAUCAGCUGCGUCAAGUCGGCGGCUGAACGCAGACAACGAAGAACAUACCAACAAUGACACCGGACACGAAGCAAGCGUCCAAAGAAACGUGACACCUCUCACGGCGGCUGCUGCUGUGACACCUGGUGGGUAUACCACAGACGCCGAGGCCGCAUACGAGGCUGUCGAUGUUACGGAAAAUGUGGAACCAUCGGCAGGUCCUGGGACAUCGGAGGCAGAGUUGACGCGCGACGUAAGAAAUCUCGAGGACAAUGAGGACGAAACUCCGUCAAGAUCGUUGGCUGCGAACGAGGAGGUCAGUGCCGCGGAAGAGCGUGAGGGGAAUGUGGAGGCUUCUCCUGUUGUCCUGGCCUCCGAAGAACCGGAGGAAACCACUGAAACAGCUGACGAACCAGAAGCUGCCCCCAUCAGGAGACUGAGGGGAUCUGCGGAGUCUGCAGAAGAGGCCGGAUUUGAUGUGAAUGUCGACUCAGAUGCACAUAUUGCCCCAGACGAGGAUAAUGAGGAACCCGAGGCCACCGAAAGUGCCUCUGAAAACGCUGAAGACCCGGCCGAGGAGACACGGGCAUCAGCUAGACAUCUCCAGGAAGCGGAAGCCACGGAAUCUGUCGACAAGACGGCAGCAGAAAUGCAGCCUGCAGAAGGAAUUGAAAAUACAGACGAGGCACAACACGAGCAAGACGAGAUGAUCCAGAGUGUUGCGUCUGCUGAAGAGUCCAUGACACAGAAGGACGCAUCUCCCGCUGAUAUAGGCGAUGAAGGUGAACAGGACGGUGAACAGGUUGAAGUGGUGAGCGCCACAGCGGCGGACGAAAGUUCAGAUGACAAGGCGUGCACGGAAGCCUGCGAGAGAAAACUGUCUGAGGAAGAAACGGAAGAUGAGAGUGCAAGACCGGAAGCAGGGGCAGAAGGCGUUGUGGACGGUGAGGCGAAGGCGGACAACGAACUAGUCUCUGAAGAGCCCUCAGAGAGCGAUGCAAAGGAAUCAGAGUUGUCAAGAACUCCUGAGGUCGACGAACAGGUUUCUGAUGCUGUCUCUCUACUACUGGGUGCAGCGGAAGAGAUCUUGGAAAAAGUUCACAAUGUUGACAUCUGAGCCUUUUUAAAGUCGCAGAUCACUGCGAUGGAGUUGUGAUAUCCUAUGUGGUAACCGCUGUAGAACAAUGAAGGCAAAGAAACUUGCAUUCACCACAGUGCCAUCAUAUGUUUCAAACACCGCGAUCCUGUCACCUUGUGAGGCACAUCCCAC